AUGAGUCACGGUAGGCAGCGGACGUUGAAGAUAUUAUCUGCAAAAGAAACUGAUUAUGGGACAUAUGGCUGCGAAACGUCCGACGGAAGAAACAGAACUGAGGGAGAACUGGUAGUGAAAGCAGACGAACCCAGCAUAAGCACUGGCCCUCAGGAUCUCACAGUCAGUAAACUGGGAACCGAUGCGAAGCUUCACUGCGAGUUCACAAGACCACCCCACAAAGUGUUGUGGUACAAGAAUGGGCAGGAAAUCUGGCCACAGUCGGACAAAUUCGUAACAUUCGAGAAGAACGACAUCGGGGAGUAUUGUGCUGCUCUGAGCGAAAAAGAAGUUUCUGCCCCAGCCCAGCUCAAGCUCGAAGUGGCCCCUGAAAUAGUAAUUCAAGAAAACUUGGAAGAUGAGCUGGUGUUCAAAGCCCACGAAGAGCUGGCCUUCCACGUUGAGGUUACCGGCCACCCGACCCCCAUUGUCACCAUCUUACACAAAGACUCACGAAUUCAGAACAGGGCUGAAGUCGAAGAAUACGAUAACGUCGUUAGUGUCCGCAUGAAGAAUCUCAGCCGGGAUGACUGUGGCACUGUGAAGAUCACCGCAGAGAACCCAAUCGGAGCUACGCACAAAGAACUUAGCCUGACUGUUCUCGAUGUGCCUUCUGAACCACUGGGUCUGACUUCAGCAGAGACCUCCACAAACUCUACAAUACUCUCGUGGCACAAUCCCGAGAAAGCUAAUGGAGCUCCAAUCACCGGCUUCAUAAUAGAGCGUAAGGCCGUUGACAGCAAUCGUUGGCGUCCCAUAGGCAAGACAAACGCCACCACACUACAAUUCGAAGCAACAGACUUGUUCAGCGGUCUAGUAUACGUUUUCCGCGUCAUCGCUGUCAAUUCUGUAGGAGAGGGGCCACCAAGUCAGUCAGUUGAUGUUCUCACCAAAGAGGAUGAGGAAUCGAACCUGGACUCGUCUGAGAGUUCUCUUCUUGAGACUCCCAGUCCUCCUGAAGCGGUUUUUGACGGAGCAAAGGUGAUGUUGUCGUGGAGCGCAGUUCCCGAUGCUAACGCCUACCAACUCGAGCGGCAGUGUGAUGCAGGGGACUGGCUUGAAAUCGCUAAAGUGGAGAGUACAAACUUUGCGGAUUCAUCUUUGCUGCAACAAGGGUCCUAUUGCUACAGGGUGAUUGCUAAAGGCUCAGCUGCCGAGUCCAUGCCUAGCGGCUCCAGCGCUGCUUUGGUGGUACAUGCGGAUGUUUCACAGGGGAAGGAUAAAGGAAAACAUGUUGGGAAGAAGGAAGCCGAAGGCGAAUCGGAUCCCAAGGAGCUAGAAGUAUCAGAUGAGCGACAAGAGGAAUUACCCAAACCGGUGUCAAAGAAGCCGCUGAACCCUGUGGAUGAUAUUGUGAACACCAAACAGAGGCUGAAGAAAAGAAAGCCUGUGGAAAAUGAACGACGAUCGUCAAUCCAACAAAAUGUUGAUGAAAUGGUUACUCCGUCCCCGUCAGAGAUUAUCAAAACGAAAGAGGAAUUGGAAGAAGGCGAAGCUGAAGUGACAAGUAAGCUUGGGGCUGAGCAUCAAGGAAACCUUGGAACCGAAGAAGCUGGUAAAAAACCGUCCACUAGUUCAGAACCAGAUGCAGGAGCGCAUGUGCCUCCUGGUGGAACAGCAGCCACUGCGCCAACGGAUACGCGAGGUAAACCAUGCAUUCAACUCGAGUCGAACCGCGUAGAGGUGAAGUCAGGUGAAAGUACCACACUGAAAGUGAAUGUGACAGGAGGACCGGAAUUGAAAUGUGUGUGGAGAAAAAACGGAAAAAUUGUAAAGGUCGUGUUCAGCCAGAGCCUGGAUAUCAUAAGAAUUCGUGGUGUUUUCAGCGUCUCGCUGAUCUGCUCAUGGAAAAAUCUCAUUCCGGUGAAUUUGAAACUCGACAUGGCAUCAUUCAAUAGAAAUGGCUUACUAGUGCAGGACGAUGCAAAGACACCCACAGAAGCCAAAGAGCGGGGAUUCGUAUCUGCUGCUUAUGCUUGUAGCAGUCAAGAGCGCAACGAUUGGUGA